GGGUCGCGCAUGCGCAGCCUCCUCGCCCCGCCCCCCGCCUCUGGGCCGCGGGUUGGUGGGUUUGGGUCACGUGGGCGCGCAUCGCCGCUUCCUCGCCGCAGGGGGCCAGCCCGCGGGCAGGUUUCCGGUUCGGUGGGUCGGAGAUGACGGAGCCGGGCGCCUCUCCGGAGGACCCCUGGGUCAAGGCAAGCCCCGUGGGCGCGCACGCCGGCGAGGGGAGGGCGGGUCGGGCUCGUGCACGUAGGGGGUCCGGAAGACGAGGGGACUCCCUGAAGUCCCCAGAGCUACUCCCGCUCUCCGGGCCCCGGGGCUGCAGAGAAGACAGCUCUCACCCCGCGUGUGCCAAGGUCGAGUAUGCGUACAGCGACAACAGCCUGGACCCCGGGCUUUUUGUAGAAAGCACCCGCAAGGGGAGUGUAGUGUCCAGAGCUAAUAGCAUCGGUUCCACCAGUGCCUCUUCUGUCCCCAACACAGAUGACGAGGACAGCGAUUACCACCAGGAAUCCUACAAGGAGUCUUACAAGGACCGGCGGCGGCGAGCACACACUCAGGCUGAGCAGAAGAGGAGGGAUGCCAUCAAGAGAGGCUAUGAUGACCUGCAGACCAUCGUUCCCACCUGUCAGCAGCAGGACUUCUCCAUUGGCUCCCAAAAGCUCAGCAAGGCCAUCGUUCUGCAGAAGACCAUUGACUACAUCCAGUUUUUGCACAAGGAGAAGAAAAAGCAGGAGGAGGAGGUAUCCACGCUACGCAAGGACGUCAUGGCCCUAAAGAUCAUGAAAGUGAACUAUGAGCAGAUUGUGAAGGCACACCAGGACAACCCCCACGAGGGGGAGGACCAGGUCUCUGACCAGGUGAAGUUCAACGUGUUUCAAGGCAUCAUGGACUCCCUCUUCCAGUCCUUCAAUGCCUCUAUCUCCGUGGCAAGCUUCCAGGAGCUGUCGGCCUGUGUCUUCAGCUGGAUUGAGGAGCACUGUAAGCCUCAGACCCUACGGGAGAUUGUGAUUGGUGUUCUACAUCAAUUGAAGAACCAGCUUUACUGACCAGCUCUUGGAACCUGCAGAACAGCCAACAAGAGGCCUUGAGUCUCCUACUUGGCCGUGGAGCCACUGGGCUUAUGAGAUUGGACUGUGACACUGCACACCAGUCAGCUGCUUUCUCCUCAGUGUUUGGCUCCCCAGCUCCCCCCUCCCCCUCAGCCCCAUCUUCAGUGGGGCUGGGGAGGGGGGAAGGUUAUUAUGAAAGCUUUGAUUAAUUUAUUAUACUGACCAUAGAUCUCAAACCUACCUAGUCUUUCCCCCUCCCCAUAGAAGUCCUCGCGAUGGGGUCUGCUCUGGGAACCCUAGAAAGCUCCUGGCCUCUCCCUUUGUCUAGGCCUCAGGUUUCUGCUCCUGUUUGGUAACUACCGUUUGCCUGUUCUGGUCUCUCUGGCAACCUUUAGCCUGAGUCUGGCCACUUUGGCAGUAGUUGGAUGGGAAGAAAGGAGGAAGGGAAAAUGCUCUCACAGCCAUGAAGGGUGAAAGGUGGCCUCAUGCCUAGGCUAGGGCUGCCUGGUCAGCCCAAGGUGAGGCCAGAGCUUUCUCUGGCCAGCUCAGGGCAGGGCUGCCAGGUUCCUGCCCUUGCCUCCUACUCUGGGUGGUGGAGGGAAGCAACCUCCUCACCCACUCCUGCCCUCUGUGUCCCCACAGGCAGUAGCACUGCACAGCAAAGUCAAAUGUGACACAACACUACAUAUUAAAUUUUUUAAUUUUUCUAAACACCAACAAUGCAAUUUUGCUAAAGUUACAAUUUUGGAAAACUGGUCUCAAGACCACUCCCAGGCUUUCUGUCAAGUGUAUCUGGGUCUCCACCACCUCAGUGCUGCCUGCAUUUCUCCCAGGACUUAGGGUGGGGUGAAGGUGGGUAGAGAAGAUUUUCUAAAGGUCUCCUGGAGUGUAGAGCCCAGGAGAGUCCUGGGUGAGGCCCUGGGCUCCUUGAAUGCUGUGCAUAGUAGCCUCUCCCUGCCCUUGUCCCCCAAGCUCUCUUUUGCCUUCCUCAGGUUUGAUAUCUGGGAGGUUUGAUUAUCCAGAGGAAAUUAAAUAUUUUUAUAUCAAAUUAUAUUACAAUAAAUAUUGCCAAAUGCUUUCCUUUUGCAUUGUUCCCCAUCUAACUAACUGUUAAGUUCAGGCAGUCAAAACGUGGAUGACGAAAUGAGUGAAACCAUCCUCUCUGGGCCACCAGUGCUCCACCCAGUACUUUGGUGUGUGCCCAAAAGCGGACAGCAGCAGGAACAACAAAAAAGCUGACCUAAACAAGGCAGCCAGUCCAGGACAUCUGUGUUCCCAGGCCUGCCGGAGGGCCUCAGGGAUCUGGGAGCUUGAGGUUGUAAUCUUCAUCUGUCUCUAUCCCAACUUCUUC